UGCGUCCCUCACAGUGUGAAACGGAUCGGCACACGCUUGAUAAAACAGUUGAUCUCCGUCUGUUUUGAUAUAUUUUGUGGUAUUUUACGUAGGUUUUAAACAUACAAUUCAUGUAGGUUUACGGUAUUAAUGUUAUAUUCAUACAUGUAGCUCUAAAACGGACAAAAUGUAGAUUUUUUCCCCCCCUGGCGACCGCGGACUUCUUAGGGGGACCUGUUGAUUCUACGGUGUAGCCCACCGAAGCAGCAAUGGAGGUAUCCGAUGUUGACCGGUGACAGGCACACAUGAACACUCUCAACCAUCUAGUGAAGACCUACAUCCAAGCAAAGAUGGACGCCAUGGAUACACAGCGGGCCUUGGAGGCUGUGGAGAGACUCCAGGCCAAGCUGAAGGACAGAGGAGAAGCUCCUACAGAGGAGAAACUAUCACUACUGAAGACCGUUCUACAGAGCCCUCUGUUCCUUCAGAUACUAACCAUGCAACAGACACAGCUACAGCUGCCAGAGGAGAAGAAGUCAGUACCGAAGUCUGUUUCCCUCAACACGGGUCUCUCCACGGCCAUGUCUCUGGGCCUGAGGACCAUCUCCCAUAGCGACUCCUAUACCUGGGCCCAGAACAACAGCAGCAGCAGUAGUGGAGGAGGUGGAGGAGGAGGAGGAGGAGGAGGUAGCCCCCCUGCUAAACCCUUCCUACCUCUGCAGAACUACGGAGGCAGUCUCAGUGCUCUCAACACAAACACAGAAAGCAACGCCGUGACCAAUAAGAUACAGUGUAUGACUCAGUUAUGUACGCCUCCACGAAUCUCCAGGACCUUAUCGAUGGGAAGGAACCUGUCGUAUAUCGCCAACGAGAAGCGUCACAUAGAGUUGAUAGAGCUGGAGAACGAUGGGAAGGGGCUGGGCUUCGGCAUUGUAGGGGGUCGAUCCUCUGGAGUCCUGGUCAAAACCAUCCUACCAAGUGGCCCUGCUGGACUGGACAAGCGUCUGCGCAGCGGGGACCACAUCCUGCGUAUCGGGGACACAGACCUGGCGGGCAUGGGCAACGAGGAAGUGGCUCACGUUCUCCGCAACGCAGGGUCAAGGGUCAAACUGAUGAUUGCUAGGGACGUCGCGGUCUCCACGGGAACCAACGACCUCUCCCUCUCCUCGCCCCCACUCCCUCUCCUCGCCCAGCAACAACAGAGGGUGGCCAGGAUGGGCAAACAGCUGUGUGAUGUGGAGGAGGACUCUGAGUACAGUGUCCAGUUCAGUAAGAACAACAGGGGCCUCGGAUUCACUGUCACCAGCUCCAUAGGGGAGCAGAACUCUGGGGUGCAGGUGAAGAGCAUCGUGAAGGGCAGUGCUGUGGACCAAGCCAGUCAGAUACACAUCGGAGACAAGAUCUUAGCUGUGGAUGGUGUAAGCCUGCAGGGCUGCAGUGAGCAGAGAGCCCUGGAGGUCCUCAGGAAGACAGGCCAGAUAGUCAAACUGAGGCUGAUGAGGAGGGCCUCUAGGAUGGGUAAAACCAUGAAGUAUCCCGCUCCUCCCCUGGAGCCCUACGUCGUCACCCGUACAGAGACUGGGAAACAUGACAAGACAGACCAGACUGGUGUCAUCAACAGAGGAAAACAAAUGUCUCUGCGUGAGAUGUCCAGAAGAGCCAGUAUGAUGUACUCUGAACAACGACUAGACGCCAGAACCGGAGUGAAGCUGACGGCAGCAGAGGAAGAGGAGUUGAAGAGCAGGUGGCAGGCUGCUCUGGGACCCAGAUAUCAAGUGGUUGUGUGUCAGUUGGAGAGGUUCAGUGAGACCAGCGGUCUAGGCAUCAGCACGGAGGCCAGGGCAGGACACCACUACCUGUGCUCCGUCUUACCUGAGGGUCCCGUCGGACAGAGCAGGAAGAUACACCCUGGAGACCAGAUACUGGAGGCGAAUGGUAUCCCUCUGAUAGGAGAGACUCACAGAGAGGUGAUCAGCAUUCUGAGAGAGCUGCCUCUGUGUGUUUGUAUGGUGUGCUGCCGCGUCGUGCACCCACAGCUACGGGACAGUGACCACGAUGAUGAUGAAGAAGAUGUACAGCUCCCCCUCAAAGAGCUACUGGCUGAGUUCAACGGCAAGUAUGACCAGCCCUGCUGUCUACUUCCUGGUUGUAACAACAUGGAUUGUGGGAGUCGUGGUUUUAAUAAGCCUGUGUCUCCUCCUCUGGCCAUGUGGGAGAGAGACAGUCAGGUGAUAGAGCUGGUGAAGGGAGAGGAAGGCCUGGGAUUCAGCAUCCUAGACUACCAGGACCCAGAGGACGACUCUAAGGACUGUCCUGGUGAUCCGCUCCCUGGUCCCCCGGGUGGCGUGGCCGACUCAGACGGACGCCUGCUGGCCCGGUGA